GAACCAACAACUGCUACAGCGUAGCAGAGAAACAGCGUCAUCCCAUCAUCUCAUUUAUCUAUCCCUUUGCCUUUUUUCCAGCCCCUAAUCUAUGUAUCUAUCUAUCUAUCCAUAUCUAUCUUCAAUACCCUCUUUCUCUCUCUGACCCAUUCGCAUUACCAAUUUCUCUCUCUCUCUCUCUAUCUACACAGACACAACACAACACACAAGGAAAGAAGAAACAUGGAAACUCCACGCAUCCAUCCUACCAUCAAAACCAAAGAGUCCACACCACCCAACCCAACCCCUCUAUCUGUCUUUCUCUCUCAUCAAUGGCCCAGCUGGACCAAAAUUUAUGUAGAACAAAGAAAAACAAAAAACAAAGAAUGGGAAACAAAAGAGAGAAGUUAGAUGUGUUCAAAUGUCCUCCAACCAAACCCACCAUACAUCUCUCUCUCUAUUUCACUCUUUCUCUCUCAUCACAACUAUGUUCCCCGAAUUGCCCUUCUGCAAGCCCCCAAAAAAUCCCAUCUUCAUCACUGCUCUUUCAAAACAACAAUAUUUUUCACCGAGUUAUGUGGGCUUUUUGGGUUUCUUUGUCUCGGUCAGAGUUUCUCACAGAGAAAACAGGAAAGCGAGAACCUUCUUACCCCUUCACCUCUUCUCUCUUUCUUGGGCCUCUCUUUUCCUAUUUCUUUCACUCACGUUUUGUUCCAUCACCCCACCCACCCACCCAACCACCCACCUUCUUCUUUCUCUCUUUCUGCCUUUCCCCUUUAGUUUUCGUUUGCUCUUCCCUUCUGGCUUCUCUUUUUUCUCUCUGAUCUCAUGAAGAAGAUGAAAGCCGUUGUCUCCAUGGACCCUCCUUAUGACCUCUAUCAGGAUCAGAGGACUCGGCUGAGGCACCACAGUCUCUUGCAGGAUUAUGAAGACUUGCACAAGGAAACAGAAGUCAUGAGAAGGAAAUUGCAGGAUACUGAGCAUAAAAGGUUGAUACUUGAAGAUGAAGUUAGAUUUUUGAGGCAACGAUACAAAUACUUGCUAAAACAUCCUAUUCCAAAGCCUCAACCAAAGAAAGAAGUUGUAAAGUCCCAGAAGGUCAAAAUUCAAGCUCCCAUCAUCUCGAAGGGAAAGAAUUACAGUAGAAAGGAUCAUACUUCACGAUCUCACUCUUCAUCUCAUUUGAACCCUAAUGGAAAGAUAUCCAAUGUGGCUGAAGUGCCAUUGCAAAAAACUAGCCAUCUGUUUGAUCUAAACCAGAAUGCUAGGAAUUUUAGCUCUAGUAAAAAAGACAGUACUAUUCACGGUUCUGCUUCACCAGCACUAGACUUGAAUCACAAAGAAAGAAUUCACAGCAGCAAAGAAGCCACAAAGAAGAGUGUAACUCCAUUUUUUGACUUGAACCAGAUAUCGAGAGAAGAAGAAGAGUUGCAAGGCAACAGUGAGCCCAUGAGGAUUGAAGAACCAAAGAGAAGUACACAGAGAGUUGGAAGUGAUGAGCAGCACAACGACAUCAAGCUUUCAGCUUGUAGAAGUGUUGGCGAUGGAGCAAAUAGGGCAGGGAAGAGGAAGAUUUCAUGGCAAGACCAGGUUGCAUUGAGGGUUUGAUCUUUAAAAGUACAGUAGGCUGAUUUCGAUGCAACAUAUUUUUAACCUUCCAUUCUAGUUUUAUGUUUUCCUUUGUAAAGAUAAAGCAUACAUUAUAGAAUCAUAUGUUCAAUAUAUAUAUAUAUACAUAUGUAUAU